AUGAUCGUGAUCUCGUGCAAUCUUCGUUUCCGUUUCAUGGAUAUGAUGGACGCCAGCGAUUUCUGGGAUGUAAUGGACACCAAUGAACUUACCAGAGAGGAGAUUGUGUUGGUGACAAGCUACCUUGUUGCUUACUGGAGGAAACAUGGAUCUGGAUCUAAAAUAAUGGCUGAUACUUUAGUAUAUGUAUCCGCAAAGCUUGAUUAUGGGACAGAGCUGAAGUAUCAUGAUGUGUAUAUGAAAUGUGGUAAUCGUAUUAUGGAUUAUUGGACCUUUUACUGUCAUGAAAAGCUAAUGCUUGAGAGACUCAAAGUAGACCCUUUAGAGCUGGAGAUGGAGGGACUCAAACUAGAGACUUCUCAGGGUACACAAACAAAUCCGCACCCCUUGAAUGUUGAUCAAGAUGAUGCCGUGUUACCCUUUCCAAGAAUACGUACAUUAUGCAAGCUGAGCGGAUACACUCUUGAGUACGCCAUGAGAAAUUUCAUUAUUUGCCAUGUAGCUGAGGCUUUUGUCCAAAAUGGAGACAACCCUAUGCUGGAUCCAGAAAGGGUAAAAAGGGUGAUCGAAACUGCGGAAAUGUGGAGAAGAAAAAAUGGGCAUGAAGUGAAAUUUUAAAAUGGCAAGUUCAUGUUAUUCUUGUUCUAUCUUUGUGAAGUCUAGAAUUGUUUCAACUCCUUGUGGUUUUUCGAUACUAGUUUGUUUGAAACUGUUGUGUUCUCUUUUUAAAUGUUGUUCAAUAUUUCAGAG